AUGAAAGAAGAAUAUGAAGCGAAACCUCUUCCGUCAGCUGGUUUAUUAUCGUUGGUUGAACUUGGCUGCAAAAAUUAUGUACUUGAUAAGAAUCGCUUCAGAACAUUUCCUCAUUCCAGAUUAAAGCAGUUUUUAACGAUAAUCGAUGAUAUUAUUCGUAAGCACAACAGAAAUGGAAGUGCUUUUUCGAACUUUGAUUGGGCAUCAUUUGAUAUUCCAUCUUUUCGACAUUUUUUCCCCAAUAUUGAUAAUUCAAGUGCAUUUAUUAAAAUAUUAUUGGAACACAAAGUACGCAUAUUAUACGCACCAAAUGCGACAGUUGCCGACGAAAUUAUCAAGAAGGGUCAUAAAGAUGAACGGAGUGUGGUGAAUUAUGUGGAAAACAACGCCAUGCAAGAUAAUGUUACAGUUAUAGCAAGCUUAAUAUUUACAAAUAUAAAUAAUGAUAGUCUACCAUCACACGUAAUUUACAAAAUUCGGCAAAAUGCUUCCCUAACACCAACAACUAAAAGUGCAGAAUUAAUUUUCAAAUAUCCUGGCCCUAGGGAUUAUGAUUAUUCGUAUUAUAAUUUCGGAUUUUUGUUUAUACAGGAUCUCGUGGAACGUGCAUUAAUAGAAAUAUUCAAUGGUGGACCUAUCUUUGAACCUGGAACAUACUUGCAUCAAUCUCCUUAUCCUUGUUUUAUCUUUGAUGAGUUUCUGAUGUAUAUUGAACGAUUAUUUCCAUUAAUUCUCACAUUAUCUUGGAUUUUUAGUUUUUCGCUAUUGGUACAGACUAUAGUGGAAUGGAAAGAGUCGCAACUACAACAGAAUGAGCUAUUCAAUCGUUUUAUUUUGUUCAGAUUCAUGGUUUCAACUUUUUACUCUCGAGCAAAAAUGGCAGCGGCAUGUGCUGGAAUUAUAUACCUCCUUAGUUGUCUACCUGCGCUUUUCAUUUCAAUCAGAGAACAAUCAAGACUUCAGCUUAUGUCAUUUGCUUCGAAUUUCUUUUGCUCGUUCAUUUCGACAUCUGCUUUUAGCAUAGCUAUAAAAUAUUUGUUUUAUUAUGAAUUAAAAGGUCUGUAUUUUCUAUACAUAUUAGGUGAAGGUUGUCAAUUCUACAAUUUUUAUCUAUCACCUAUCAGUGAAGAAACGUUCACUGUUGCUCAUUCGAUGGUUUGUAUGUUAUUUGAUUGCUUUAUAUAUGCAGCUAUUGCGAUUUAUGUUGAUAAGGUAUUUCCUGGUAAAGAAAGCAGUGGAAGUAAAUGGUACUUUCCAUUUGAACUUUUGUAUAACAAGGUAAGAAAUUUAUUGGGAAAAGACGUUACGGUUUUAGAAGAAUCGUUAAUGGAUGAUGACAUUAAAUUCGAAGAGGAGUCAGAUGAUACCAAAAUUUCCGUAAUGCUCAAAAGAAUAAGCAAGAGAUAUAAACAUAGUGCGCGAACCUAUGCUUUAUUCAAUAUUUCACUCGCACUUCGUAAAAAUGAGAUAACGGCAAUUCUUGGUCAUAAUGGUGCUGGCAAAACUACUUUAAUGAAUAUAAUAGAUGGUACAUGUGUUCCAUCAGCUGGAAAUGUAUGUAUUAAUGGUCACUUUAUCAAAACACGAAGUGAUGUGAUCAAAGCUAUGUUAGGCAUUUGUCCUCAGCAUAAUGUGCUUUUCAAUGAACUUACAACAAUGGAACAUUUAUAUUUCUAUUCAAAAUUGAAAUCGAAGCAAACAAAUCAGGAGGCAAUUGAAGAAUCGCGGCAAUUUCUAAAGGAUUUGCACUUGGAUGAUAAAGAAAAUGAACUUGUUUGCAAAUUGUCAGGUGGUAUGAAACGACGUCUUUCAGUCGCGAUCGCUUUCAUAGGGGUUAGUGAUUCAUUCUUAUCAGAAAAGUUCAUUGCAGUAUAUAUACUAAUACUGGGAAGGGCAAUAGGUAUGGGGCAACCACUUUUGUCUGAACUAGUUGCAACUAUGAUUUCUUUUUUCUUAGGUUCCACUGCCGUGAUACUUGAUGAGCCAACUGCUGGUGUUGAUCCCUUUGCUCGUCGAUUCAUAUGGGAUAUGAUUUUGAAAUAUAGAUAUGGCCGUUCAAUACUUAUUGCCACACAUUUAUUGGAUGAAGCAGAUAUAUUAGCCGAUCGAAUUGCAGUCUUAUCACUCGGACGUCUUAAAGCAUAUGGAUCGCCGUUAUUUCUUAAAAAGCAUUUUGGAGACGGUUAUUUUAUAACUUUCGUAAACGAUCCAACAUCAACUGAAUAUGCUCUUAGUAUAACUUCAUAUGAAGAAAGAGAGAAUAUAUUAACACAAAAAUUUAUGGAAAUGUGUAGUCGUUUUGGACCAAAUCCAUUGCUUGUUAGUGGUUGUGCAUAUGAAAGAACCUAUCAGCUUCAACAAUGGACUAUGGAACAGAUUAUUUCACUACUUAAAUUUGUUGAAUCAAAAUCCGAACGUUUAAAAAUGGGCAUUUCUUCAUUCGGCAUCAGAGAUACUACUCUCCAGGAGGUUUUCUUGAAGCUUGGCGUUAGCGAUAGUAUCACCGAUUCUUCAAAGGAUAUUACCAGGAAUUGGGGAAGCUUAAUUUCACAACUAAUAUUACCAAUGAUUUUUAUUGCUGGUUCAAUGUUCAUUGCUUUGCCAACCAUUAUUACUGAAGAACCUCCUCUCAAAUUAACGACUUUUCAAUUUGUGAAUAUUUCAUCUGGUCAGAAUAAUACUAUAUUUUAUUCUAACGACGCCUCUGAUGAUAUUAUUUCUUUUGAUAGUCGUCGUUUACCUGCUUCGUCCAUAGUUGCAUCCUUUUAUGGAGUUCCUGGCUUAGGUGCUGAAUGUUUGGUAAAAAAUAAGUCAGCAACUUGGCUCGAUGCUAACUGGGCUGCUAAUAAGAAAUAUUAUGGUCGAAAUGUUACUUUUGAUCAUCUAAUUGAUGAUUGCAGAGAGCGAAAAUAUUUUGAAAAAAACAGUAUGCGUCAUAAUCUAUCGUAUUUCAAAAUUCCAGAUUAUGUUAAACCAAAAAAUGGAUCAGAUUAUUAUCCAAGUUGCAUAUGUGUCCAUCAUGGGAGUGGUGUAAUUUGUUCACCAAUAAAAGACAAUUAUAAUUAUCGAUUGCUUAUGACUGGUGAUGAAUUGUAUGAUUUAACUGGCCUAAAUAUUUCUAAUUAUCUGAUCAGCACAAACAGUCAAUUCGAGCUUCGGUAUGGUGGUAUAAGUCUUGGUUUUGAGAAGGAAAAUGUCCCACCAGAAUUCGGUGUUAAUACCUCGGACAUUUUGCGUACACUUGCUGUCCAUCAUAUAUCUAAGGUUUGGUAUAAUAACCGAGCAUUUCAUGCCAUGCCGAUUUUCUUGAAUAUUCUCAAUAAUGCGAUUUUACGUACUUCUCUACGAAACAAUUCUAAUUUUUCUUCGAAUCCUGCAGCGAUUGGUAUCACAUUAAUAAAUCAUCCAAUGGGAGGAAGUUCUAGAAUCAUUUCUCGGAGGAAAAUAAUGGAAACGAAUGAUGUUCUGAUAGCAAUUUUUAUGGUGAUUGGCAUAUCUUUCGUACCUGCUUCGUUUAUUUAUUUCUUGGUUUAUGAGCGAUCCACUUAUUGUUUUCAUUUGCAAAAAAUGUCCGGAAUGCGUCCGUGUAUUUAUUGGCUCGCUAACUUUACGUGGGAUAUUUUUAAUUUUUGUAUCCCACUAUUAAUAUGUUCAGCGAUCAUUUGGUAUGAAAUGGAUUCAUACGUUCAUUCUACCAAUUUAUUGGCUUUAAUUUCACUUCUAUUUUUUUAUGGCUUGGCAAGUAUUCCUCUGGUUUAUCUGUUGUCUUAUCUUUUUGAUGCACCCUCAGUUGCAUAUAUAGUUAUAAUUGUAUUCAACCUUUCUAUUGGUUUAUCAACCAUUUUCGCAUCGUUUUUGCUUCAGCUUUUUGGUUUGGAGAAUCCUACAUUAGCUUCAGUAGAAGUAGCUCUGCGUCGAAUAUUCCUUAUUUUCCCUGGAUUUGCUUUCGGGCGUGGGGUUCUGGAUGUCGCAUUUAACGAAUAUUUCAAUCAGUAUUAUACUUUUUUCGGCGAAACUUCAAAAAUUCAGUCACCUUUUUCUUGGGAUCUUCUCUUUCAAAAUUUGCUAGUUAUGGGUGGAAUCGGACUAUUGUGCUUUGUUCUUGUAAUAUCAUUGGAUUAUUCAUUUCCAAAGGUUUCCUUUGAUGCUUCUUUCCUUGAUUCAGCUAAUGAAAAUGAAGAUUCUGAUGUGGCAGCAGAACGUGCACGUGCAAUGGGACCUAGCAGUUCAAAUGAUGUUAUCAAGUUAGAAAGUAUUUUCAUAAAAAAGCUCAAAACAAAGAAAGAAGAUAUAAUUCGUGCAGUUGACCACGUAUACUUUUCGGUUCCUAAAGGAGAAUGUUUUGGUCUUCUUGGAGUGAAUGGUGCAGGCAAAACCACUUUAUUUAAUAUGUUGUGCGGAAUAACGUCACCUUCCAGUGGCAAUAUAUUUAUAUGUGGCGAGGACUUGCAUAAGAACUGGGAUGUAAUAAAGAAUAUUGGAUACUGUCCUCAAUUUGAUGCUUUUUUUGACGAAUUGACUGGUCAGGAGCAUCUUCUGUAUUACGCUCGAUUAUAUGGUUAUGUUCCUGCUGCAGCCAAAGAGUUAGUUGACUGGCUGUUACAUCAACUGGAUCUUCUGUCUUAUUCCAGCUCAAUGGUGGCUUCUUAUAGUGGUGGAACUAGACGCAAACUUUCGGUGGCAAUUGCGUUGAUUGGCAAUCCCCAGGUCGUUCUUCUAGAUGAACCGACUACUGGUAUGGAUCCUGGUGCACGUAAUUUUAUUCGUGGUAUUAUUGCUGGUUUAGCUAUUUCAGGAAAGUCUGUAAUAUGGACAUCCCAUAGUGUAGAAGAAUGCGAGGCUUUAUGUGAUCGGCUGGCAAUAAUGGUGAAUGGAAAAUUGCGAUGCAUAGGUAGUGCUCAACAUUUAAAAGACAAAUUUGGUAAGGGAUAUUCAAUAAGGAUACGCUUAAAGAAAGACGCUGGAAAAGACGUGAAGGAUAAAAUUUUCCAUUUUCUCAUGGAUCAUUUUCCACAUAUAAUACUUAAGGAAACUCAUUUUAAUUUUGUUCACAUUGAAGUUCGUAACAAUGUUCGUUUGUUUAAACUUUUUGCUUUGUGCGAAGAAAUGCUCAAAGCAGAAACGCUACAAAUUGAAUCGUAUACAAUAUCACAAAACAAUAUCGAAGAUGUUUUUGUGGCAUUUGUUCGUGAUCAACUGGAUUCGUCUGAGUCUAUUUUAAAACCUGUUGAUUUAACCAAUCUCUGUCCAGUCGCUUCCAGUCAUUCAUUUUAA